AUGUUCCUCUACUUCUCUUUCUGCGGCCUCUUCUGCACCCCCCUCGGCACCGGCGUCGGCGCCAAGUACCAGCAGUCCUGGGAGUACUGCGUCUACUUCUGCCUCUUCGCCACCGCCUUCCACCUUGCCAUCGUCAGGCACCAGCUCCACUCCAGCCUCAUGGUCUACUGGGGGUACAGUAGGCUUUCGAGGAAAAUGGAUGUAAUCUGUGUACAGGAGACUCACGGUCAGGUGGGGGACCUCAGUGCUCUGGAGAAAGACUAUCAGGACUUCCAGGUCUUCGGGUCUUUUGUCGAGGAUGCUCAUGCUGGGGGUAUUGUGUUCCUUGUCAGGAAAACUCUGAUAUCGCUGUUCGAUUCUGUCUCUGAGUAUCAGUGCAUCCACGGUCGCAUCCUCUCUCUCACGCUUGUCGGGAGCAAAGGCAUCCUGCAGUUGUCGGGGCUUCACUUGGAUCCAGACUGGUUCUGCGAGAUAUGCCCGAAGGUUCCGUUGCUGCAGAGCAGGCUAUCCGUAGAGUUCGCCGCCUGUCUUCUGCAUGGGCUGCGGCACGGCCGCGCAUCAGGCUCUCCGCUGUUCGUGGCCCUGAUGGUGAGGUGCAUUCUGAUCCUAACGAGGCUGCACAUCUUCUGGCCCGCCAUUGGGGACAAGUUUUUGAUAAUCGACAUGAACCUGAAAAUCUUGCCGAUAACGAUGCUCCAGGGGACGCUCAUCCGCUGGGGAUUCGUGAAGGGGAGGAUGAUGAAUGACAACAUUAUUUCGAUCGAGGGGAUGAUGACGGUCUGGGGCGUGGUCUUUCGCGAGUUGAAGAGUGGUGUCGCCCUCUUCGACUUUAAGAACGCCUUCCCGAGCGUCUGGCACAGCUGGAUCUUUUUUGUUCUGCACCGAAUGGGGCUUCCCUUUCGGCUGACGGGUGCUAUAGCUGCGUUGUACGAAGAUGUUUGGACGCGCAUUACCCUGGGAGAUUUUGGAAGAUUUGGCUACGAAGCCCUUCGGGGAAUGAAACAAGGCUGUCCUUUGAGCGGAGUUUUGUUCGCCCUGGUCCUGGACCCCGUUGUUCGAUAUAUCCUGCAGCUACGGCCUCGUCUGGAGUUCGAGCUCAGUGCCUUUGCGGACGACCUGUCGGUUGUCGCCAGGGACCUGUUUAAGUCUUUGCCCUACAUCACCAAGCGGCUGCUGGUGGCAGGUGCUGUUACAGGAUUGCACCUCAACCUCCAGAAGUGUGUGAUAGUGAUGCUCAACAUCGCUGAGGCAAAUGAGGUCGUGCAAGGGUUUCAAACUCGUGGGCUUAACGUCUCUAAGUUCCUCAUUCAACGGUCUGGGAAACUCCUUGGGGUCACUAUCGGUUGGGAUGGCUUCCGCUCCUCUUGGGACCCUGUGGCCAAAAAGCUGCGCUCCCGCACCGGUGACGUGCUCAACCUGGGCCUCAGUUUUGUGAAUAGCAUCCAAGCGUUCAACACUUAUGCUGUACCUGUCUGCUCGCAUGUGGGGCAAUUUUACCCGCCCAGCAAAGCCUUGAUCAGGGCGCCGCCGCCCGUCCGGCGCGUGGCCGAGUUCCGGCCGAACUCGGCCACGCGGGGCGCGGACGUUAGCGCCCCGACGGUGCCGCAGAGGGGAGCCGGGGUGGUUCUAGAUGCGAUCAUGGACCGCCCGCCGCCGCUGGCAGGAUCGGCGGCCCUGCCCGAGGCCCCGAGCGAGGGCGAGGUGGACGACGCGGGCGAGAAGGCGCCGCCAGUGGCGUUGGCGAGGCUGGCGGUGGUGGGGGCCCGCCAGAUCGCGGCGCUGAGAGCCGCAGGUGGCUGUGCAGUGCCAGCGGUCGGGGCGCCCACGGCCGCCCGCCCGAGCGAAGGCUGCCCACGCCCGGCCGGCGCGCGGGGCGCCCACGAGGUCCAGGGCAACCGGGUCCACCUGACCACCUCGGCGCCAGAGGGGCCCCGGAAGGGCGGCGGCGGCGGCCUCGCGCCAGAGCGGCGGGCGCGCGCGGUGGAGUGCGCGUACGACCGUGCGUUGGACAUGUCCGCGUCGCAGGAGGACGUCUGGAAUGCCGUGCGCCCGAUGGUCGAGAGGGCCCUGGAGGGCUAUCGGGCUGCGCUGCCGUGCUGGGCCGCCAACGGCGUCUCCGACGGCCCGCCCGCGAUGGAGCCGGGCGCCGCCCCGCCGACGAAAGCGGCCGGCGCUGGCCCGCCGGCGGCGGCGCCUGGCGUGGCCAGGCCUCCCGCGCCCCGCGCCGCGCGCGAGGCGCGCCAGUCUCAGUUGACGAGGUCGCCUUCGAAAGCGGACUCGCGCUCGGUCUGCGGAUUCCGGCCGCGUGCCGCGGGUGGCGCGGGGCUUGCCGGCGCAAAGCGCCCUGGCGAGGGGGCCGCGGUGCCGGGCGCGGACGAGCUCCAGCAGUGCGACCAGCGGGGCCUGGUGCCGAGGGUGCUCCAUCACGUCUUCCAGCAGCUUCGGUGCGACCGCUGGCGCGGCGCCUGCCCGACCGUCACCCUGAGCUACAUGCAGAUCUACCAGGAGCAGUGCUACGACCUGCUGCGGCCCGCCGCCCGCGCCCGGCCGCUGCGCGUGCGGGAGGCGGGCGGGGCGCCGGCGGCCAGCGGCGUGCUCGUCGAGGGGCUGCGGGAGGAGGCCGUGGACACCGCGGAGGCGUGCCUCGAGAGGCUGGCGUACGGCUUCUGCAACAUCGCCUUCCGGGCGACGAACUACAACGAGCAGUCGUCGAGGUCGCACUCCGUGCUCACGCUGACGAUCCGCCAAGCCGGGGAGGCGGCGGGCACCUCGGUGCAGUCCAAGAUCCGGCUCGUCGACCUGGCCGGCAACGAGAGCGAGCGACGCCCAACCUUCGGCUCCGACAUCACCAAGCUGCACUCCCGCGAGCUCGCCUCCAUCAACAAGUCGCUCCACGUGCUCGGUCUCUGCGUGCAGGCGCUGUCGCAGGCUCCCGCCGUGUCAAAGCGCGACGGCCACGUCGUGGCGCCUCAUGUGCCCUACAGGGACUCAGCGCUCACCAUGGUGCUCCGUGAUAGCCUGUCCGGCAACAGCUUCACCACCUUGCUGUGCACCCUCUGCGGCAGCGCUCUGUACCAGGUGCAGUCGCUCUGCACACUGCGGUUCGCUGACAGGGCGAAGCGGAUCAAGAUGCACGCAAAGAUUGCAGAGGAGGCCGAUUGCCAGGGGCAGCGCGAGUCGGAGCUGGCUUACCUCCGGUCACUAGUGGCGAGCAAGUCCAUGCAGGGCGCCACUGUGGAGCAGCAGAAGCAAUUGGAGCAACAGCUCAGCGAGCUCGAACAGGCGAAUGAUGCGCUGAUGGGUGAGAAUAGGACCUCCUGAAUCCGCGGCCGCCGUCGCUUCGGGAAAUUCUUUCUCGGUUGUGAUUGUUCAUACCUUUGUCUCUUUCUUUCUUUCUUUCUUUCUUUCCCUCUCUCUCUCUUUCUCUCUGAGGUGACAGAAAUAUGGCGCACGGUGUUGCAGCAUCUCGCCUGCAUCACCACGGAAAAUUCAGGCGUGGUUGGGCGACCCGGUCUCCGUGGCUGACGCUCAGAGGUCCGGAGCCAUCUCGCCCGACAUGCAAAGUCCCCUAGCAAGCCAGCUUGCCGGUGGCUUUGCAGUUGUACCCAUUUCUUCGUGGCCA